AUGCAAUCGCAACAGAAGAUUGGUAUUGACCCCAGCACAGUCAAUCUAAUGACCGGUAUCUUUGGUGUGAUCAAAGCCGUCAUGACCUUCGUGUGGCUUGGAACGGAAUUCUUCGACCCCAACUUCCGUUCCCUAACUCAGGCAGCCACCGCAGCCAGUAACUGGUUAUUCAACUUCCUCAUCUCUCGCUUUACUGAACAGAUGUUCGCUAAGAUGCACUAUGGCGUGUACUUCUUCGCGGCACUGUCGUUCCUGGCGUUCUUCUUCGUUUUCUUCCUCAUCCCUUAA